UGUAUACUGUGUUGAGGUUUGGUAAUGAAUACUAAUAGGUGAGAUUGAUGGAGGAGGGUGGUGGGAAGAAGUUAAAUAUUGUGAAAGAUCCACACCCACAUCCGCUAAAAUUGUACCGAGAGGGGAAACCAGAAAAUGUUGGACAUGGAAAAGAGGCAGCAAUUUUGUGCAGCAUAUGCAAUGAAUCAUUCCGUCCGCCAGGGUUGGGGUGCUCGAUGGAUGAAUGCACAUUCAAUGUCCAUGAGUCAUGCAUCGAACUUCCCCCUAGGAUCCCCAACCCCUUCCGAAACCACUGUCUUCUCUUUAGCCUCGACACCUUCGAAAACUUGCCUUGCCACUGCUGUGGCCAAAACCCAUAUGGCAUCCAUCACUUACAUCGACAACCAUAAUCAGACCUACCGAAGUGAUAGCGGCGUAAGACUGGACUUACAAUGCGCCAUCGCCCUCCACCUAAAACCCAACAGUUUACUAAAGACCACAACAGUAGAUGGUGGUAAGUUAUUUCGACAUUUUAGUCAUCCCCAUUCAUUAACCCUCCAUCUUCAUACAGACACAGAUCUAGAAAGGAAAACUACAACAAUUCCUGUUUGUAUUGUCUGCGAAGCCCCUAUCAAAUCAUCUUCUGAUUACUAUUAUUGCCCUCAAACUCGUCCAUUUUGCCAUUUGUAUACCUUUCAUCCACAAUGUGCUGAGCUGCCUCGCCAUAUCCAGCAUCCUGAAUUCAACGAUGGUUCUUAUCCAUUGUUUCUCUUUGCCCUGCCUCCGGAUUCGAAUGCAGUUUGCGAUAAUUGUAAAGGUGAAUACACAAUAUUUUCCUACUCCUACCCAUCCACCUCGAGUAGAAAAAUUCUUCAUCCACGCUGUGUUUCUACAUUUAAUCACACACACGACUACCAGAUUCUCUACAGGAAGCUUCGUCAUUACAAGUGUCAUAUUUGUGGCAAAUCUACCACAGAUGGCUUCCCUUGGUUUUGUACAAUCUGCCAUCAAUUUGCCCAUAAACAAUGUGCAAUUCACCAAAUGUCCAAACAUCUUCAUCUUCUUCAUCAUCAUGCCUCCACUCAAACAUCCUCGUCUGACAAUAAGACAAUCCAACAUUUUAGCCAUAAGCAGCAUACGUUGACUCUUUAUGAGCCUCAAUCUAAUUCCCCUGGUGAGUAUAGAGUUUGUGAUGGGUGUAUGCGAUGGAUAUCGACUGAUCAAUCUCAAUUCUAUGCUUGUCAACGCUGCGGCUUCUAUCUGCACCGAGAUUGCGCAACAUUACCAACUCGAUUAAAAAAUUCCUUCCUCGAUUGCCACGAGUUGAGUUUGGUGUAUACUCCAGAUUUUGUAUUCUCAUGUGGUAUUUGCCUUCAAUAUUGUCAUGGUUUUGCCUACCGUUGUGACAAAUGUCAGUAUGCAAUUGACAUUCGAUGUGCUGCUACAUUCAAAAUCCCAUUUGAACAUUCAAGUCACCGUCAUCCCCUGUCUGAUUGUAACAGAAAAGUAGAACACAAGUGUAAUGCUUGUGGAGAGGAGCUGAAGCACAAAUGUGUGGGAUGUGAGGAAUGCAACUUCUACUUGGACUUACGAUGUGCACAUCUGCCGAUUGCUGUAAGAAAUAGAUUUGAUGAACAUCAUUUGAUCCUCAGUAUCUUUAAGAAUGCAACAACAAAGGUUGAUGGAAAAUACCUUCAAAUUGAUGGUGAGGACAAAAAUGGUGACUUUGAUAGUAUGGAAAAUACCUUCAACAACAGAUUUUAA